AUGAAGUUGACUCGAAUUUUUUUCAUCCCAACAGAUCGACUGAAGGUCAGAUUAAAGAACACUAAGACCAAUUGGAAGCCGAUUCCAAUAUGGAUCGGGGCCUCAUUACUAGGACUGAUAACUUAUCUGAAGAAAAUUGGUGAUCGAUCUGGAUCAGAAGGAGAAGGAAGCACUCGGAAAGCUGACUCGACCACGAUCACUCCCGUAAAAAUCGAAGGUCCUUGGCAGGUUCAUGUCCUCGGCGCUCUCCCCUUAAGAACUAUCUCCAGACUCUACGGUUUACUCAACAGUUAUACCUUGCCGAUUUGGUUCAGAGUCCCUGGCUAUAAACUUUAUUCUUGGAUCUUUGGAGUGAAUUUAGAAGAAGCAGAAAUAGAAGACUUGAAACAGUACAAAUCAUUAAAUGAUUUCUUUAUGAGGAAGUUGAAGAAGGAGUGUAGACCAAUCGAUCCGCAUGCUAUUCUUACCUCUCCCUCUGAUGGAAAAAUCAUCAAUUUCGGGACGAUCGAAGGGAGGAGAGUUGGAUCCGUCAAAGGAUUAUCGGCAAGCAUAUUUCACACUCUCCACUUCUUUUGUUUUCAGAAGAAGUUGAAUGAGAGCGAGGGCAAGAAACGGUCAUCAGAGGAGAGCCAAGUCUCGAACAGCCGAUUUGCAAACAUCAACGACAUUUCGUAUUCAGUAGAUGAACUGAUGGGCGGUUCUGAGAACACGCAACACGACCAGGACCCGACAGAGAGCUCGGUGGCUUCCCAGCCAGUCAGCCCCGGAGCCGGCCUCGCAUCCUCUGUCAAAGUUCAUACCGAUAUCGUCAGGGGUGAGCUCGAAACUCUGCCCAGCUCCGGCAAUCGGAUGUUCUUCUUCGUCGUCUAUCUCGCCCCAGGCGAUUAUCAUCGCUUCCAUUCUCCCGCCGACUGGAAGGUCGAACGUCGUCGUCAUUUUGCUGGAGAGCUGUUUUCAGUCUCACCAUGGAUGGCGGGGAAGCUAGCGGAUCUAUUUGUACUGAACGAGAGAGUGGCCCUAUUAGGACGAUGGCGGCACGGGUUUUUCUCGAUGACGCCGGUAGGCGCGACGAAUGUGGGCUCGAUCCUGAUCAACUUCGAUCGAGAGUUGCGGACGAACCGGGUGGAUAAACGGUGUCAUGAGGAGAUGGUCUAUGGGACUAAUAACGCGAUCUUCGACGGCCAGGUCCUCGCUAAGGGAACCGAGGUCGGCGCCUUCUCGCUCGGUAGCACUAUCGUCCUCGUCUUCGAGGCCCCCGAACAGUUUCAGUUCUCCGUCAAAAAGGGCGAACCCGUCCGCGUCGGCCAGGCUAUCGGCAACAUCUAG